AUGGCUUUAGUCUUUAGACUAGCAAUGCAACUGGUUGGACUUUUACUAUCUUUGCUGGGAUGGGUUUUAUCCAUUAUUACAAUUUAUUUGCCACACAACUACCUGCCACAAUGGAAAAACCUCAAUCUAGAUUUGAAUGAGAUGGAGAACUGGACCAUGGGACUCUGGCAAACUUGUGUCAUCCAAGAGGAAGGUGGGAUGCAAUGCAAGGACUUUGAUUCUUUCUUGGCUUUGCCUGUUGAACUCAAGAUCUCCAGGAUUUUAAUGUUUCUGUCAAAUGGGUUUGGAUUUCUGGGACUGCUGGUCUCUGGGUUUGGCCUGGACUGCCUGAGGAUUGGAGAGAGACAGCAAGACCUCAAGAAGCGACUGCUAAUCCUGGGAGGAGUCCUGUUCUGGAUCUCAGGGGUCACAGCCCUCAUUCCCGUUUCCUGGAUUGCCCACAUCACGGUUCAGGAGUUUUGGGAUGAGACCAUCCCCGAGAUUGUCCCCAGGUGGGAGUUUGGGGAAGCCCUGUUUAUUGGCUGGUUUGCUGGCUUUUCUCUUGUACUAGGAGGGUCUCUGCUUAACUGUGCGGGCUGUUCAGCCCACACCCCUCUAGCUUCGGGACACUACAUGGCAGCAGAAGUGCAAGGUCCUUGUCAACAACUCGAGAUGAAAAACACCAAUUUGAAAAUCUAA